AUGAUUAAACUAUGAUAGGCUUAUACUAUUUCUGAUAUCUUUUGGGCUACCAAAGUAAUGUGCGAAUGUAUUGUUCGAUCAUCGUAAUCGAGUCACAAAGGUUAAAGUAUAAGAGAGGAGAGUGCAGGCGGGGACAGCAGAGAGGUCUCUGCACUCACAACAAGCAAGUCGGAUAAACAGACGUUCACCUGGACCAUCAGGAUGAAGAGCCUACAAGUUCUACUGGUCGUAGCAGCGGCAUGCUUGGCUAUCUGUGCAGCUGAACUCAAGAGUCCCAGUACUACGGAGUCAUCGAUGUUGGAACACCACCCCAGAGUUUCAAAGUCGUCUUUGAUACAGGCUCUUCCAACCUGUGGGUUCCCUCCAAACAGUGCCACAGUGUGGCCUGCUUUUUGCACGAACGUUACGAUAGCAGCAAAUCAAGUACGUACGUGAAGAAUGGUACUUCCUUCAAAAUUCAAUACGCCAAGGGAGAGCUUAGUGGCUUCCUCAGCACUGAUACUGUCAACGUUGCUGGAGUGACUGUAACCAAGGGGACGUUUGGUGAGGCUGUGAGUGAACCUGGUACCUCCUUCGUUGUGGCCAAGUUUGACGGAAUUCUGGGUCUGGCUUACCAGGCUAUUGCUGUAGACAACGUGCAACCCUUCUUCCUUCAAGCUGUUCAGCAGAAAGCGGUCGAUGCGGCUAUUUUCUCCUUUUAUCUCGGCAGAGACCCCAAGGCCAAGGUGGGCGGUGAGCUCGUUCUGGGUGGCGUUGACCCCAAGCUGUACACUGGAUCUAUCACGUACGCACCGGUCUUCGAGCAGAAAUGGUUCUCCAUCCGUGUUGCCGGGAUCAGCGUAGGCGGCUCUGACAACUACUGUGGCAGCCAGGGCUGUAAGGGUGUGGUGGACUCGGGGACCUCACUCAUGACCGGCCCUACUGCACAAAUCUCAGAGAUCAACAAGAAGAUUGGCGCCACACCAGGACCAAGUGGUGUGGUGACUAUUUUCGGGCAGACCCAGUGCAUAUCUGGCUUCAUGGGCUUGGAUGUUCCCGCUCCUGCCGGACCCCUGUGGAUCAUGGGCGAUAUCUUCAUUGGCAGUUUUUACACUAUCUUCGACAUGGAGAAAAACAGAGUCGGAUUUGCUGAGGCUAGAAGGCCCAAUUAAAUGCGUUUUAAAGAGAGGCAAAAAUUUCAGAAUGCUGUUUUUGUAACUGUACAUCGUAUAUAUCAUCAGUCCACAGACAUAAGCAUGAAUAAAUAAUUUAUUUAGAUUAGCCGUAUUUGAUCCUUUCUGUAAACUUCUCGUGAACACUUUGUUACAAUAAAAUCACAGUUCAUUUCAAUAAUUUGGAGUGCUUGCAAUAGGUACUAUCUAACCUUCUUCUCUCUUUGCCUUCCCCUAUUAGUUCUCAGGGAUUGUUGAAAGUUGAUUAUUCAAUUUGCAGUGUAACUGAUUUGUUUAUCUUCAGGCAGCCACAUCCCAAUUUCGAAGGUACUAACUAGAGUAUUUUCAGUUUUGGUAGGAAUUGAUAAAUAAU